AUGACAGAAGCAGACAAAUAUAAGGAUGAUAAAGAGAAUCAUGAAUAUAAAAUAUUAAAGGAAAUUAUAGUUAAGAUAACGAAUAAUAUAAUGGAAAUAAGUGAUGGUGUAUUAGACGUAAUAGAGAAGUUUGUGGAUUUAAAAGAAGAAGAAGAUCAAAUGAUUAAUUAUGUUUAUUUUAUAAAGAUCAAGGGAGACUUUUAUAGGUAUAAAGCAGAAGUGACAAUAGGACCGUCUAGAGAAGAAUAUAGAGAUAUGUCAUUCAAGUAUUACAGUGAAGCAAGAGAUAAAGGAAAUUUCCUCAAAGCUUCAAAUCCAAUCUGGUUAGGGUUAGCUCUUAACUUAUCAGUACUUUACUAUGAGACAUUUGAGAAUGUAGAAGAAGCACUUAAAUUAGCACAAGAGUCAUUUGAAGCAGCAAUUCAACAAUUAGAUAUUUUAACAGAUGAGAAUUAUAAUGAAUCUACAUUAAUAAUGCAACUAUUAAGAGAUAAUAUAACUUUAUGGACUGUUCAAGCUAAGGAGAAAAGAAUGGAUUCACCUUUAUUACAAAAACAUUCUCAAGUUGAUAUUGAAGCAGAUUUAAAUUCAACUAAAAAUGAAUCAAAUUUAAAUUCUACUAAAAAUGAAUCUUUAACAGAAUCUAAACUUAAUGAAACUUUAAAUGAAUCUAAAAUGCUUGAAGAUAAUAAAUUGUAA